GGUUCUGAAGGGUUUCGCAAGGCAAAGAGUUGGUAGAAGACUGACCAGUUCCGACCACCGGUCCAUUCGGCCUCGUUCUCAACUCUCGGCGUCUCUCUCUUUCCAUUUGGCGGGCAAACCGGUAACGAGCGAGUGAACCACAUAAGUCCGUAAUUUUCUUAAUAAUGAUGGACAGAGCCGAGGAAGAGAGGGUUGAUGACCCUGGCUACCCAGGGGGGGCCCAUGCCCAGCAUGUGGGUCUCCAGCCAGGAGGUGUGCAGACAGGACGUGUCCAGCCAGGUCCAGGACACCAGGCUGCCUUUGCUUACCAGCAGCAGCCACAGCCAGCCUAUCCUCCACAGCAGCCAUCCUAUCCUCCACAGCAGCCAGCUCAUCCGCCACAGCCAGCUAAUCUGCCACAGCCAGCUAAUCUGCCACAGCCAGCUCAUCUGCCACAGCUAGCCUACCAACCACAGGCAGGCUACCAACCACAGGCAGCCUACCAACCACAGCUGGCCUAUCAGCCACAGCCUGCCAUGGGCUACCAAUCUCCUGCCUAUUCUCCUCAGCAUGGAUCCAUGCCACCGCCAUCUUUUUUCGCCUCAACUCCACCUGGACCCAAUUUGAGGUCUCAGAGACUGCCAAGGGUUACUCUCCCUUGGGAACGGAGAGAGAGGCCUGGAAGGCCUAACGUGGUGGAGAGUGCCCUGCGCAACCUGUUUGAGAUGGGCCUGAUUCAGCCCACUCAGCAGCAGCAGCCAGUGCAGCAGCCUCAACCACCCUAUUAUCCAGCCCCAUUCAUGAUUCCACAUCAAUAUGCUUCAGUGGCACCACCACCUGCAGCUGCGUCCCCAGCUGCCCCAAUGGCAGCACCACCUGCUGCUGCAGCUGCCCCAAGGGCAGCUCCACCUGCUGCUGCUGCAGCUGCCCCAAGGGCAGCUCCACCUGCUGGCGCAGCUCAUGUUGCUGCCUCUUCUACAGGCCCAAGAACAUCUGCAGGUGCUGAGUGCUCCUGCUGCCGCCAAGACAAUCCGGAAGGCAUCCUGCCAUGUGGGCACUUCAUUUGCAGGGUUUGCUUCCAGAACCAACUGGAGAACCAACUGGCUGAGAAGGCAGAAUGCCCUGAUGCAAGGUGCGCUGCUGAGAUUAAUGCAUCCUCAUUCAUUGUAAUGAGGAGGUCCUGAAAGUUUUGUGGUAUGUGCUACGAUGCUUUAUAUCGCUUUGAAUUUUUUUGUUCUUUCUUUCCAUUUUGUAUUUAAUCUUUUGACUAUGAACAGUCUUAUCGCUUUGAAUUAUUUUGUUCUUUCCAUUUUGUAUUUAAUCUUUUGACUAUGAACAGUCUUACCGCUUUGAAUUACUUUGUUCUUUCCAUUUUGUAUUUCAUAUUUUGACUAUGAACAGUCUUACCGCUUUGAAUUACUUUGUUCUUUCCAUUAUGUAUUUCAUCUUUUGACUAUGAACAGUCUUAUCGCUUUGAAUUUAUUUGUUCUUUCCAUUUUGUCUUUUAUCCUUUGACUAUGAGCAGUCUGAUCACUUUGAAUUUUUUUGUUCUUUCCAUUUUGUCUUUUAUCUUUUGACUGUUAACAGUCUGUGACUUAGAAAUGUCUUGGACUAAUCUGGUCUGUGCUACAAUGUUAAAUAUCGCUUUGUAUUUUUUACUUAAAAAAAAAUAUUAAAGUGGAGA